GCGCGGCUCCUCAUAUUAUCCCCAGACUAAGUUGAGUGAGCACGCAACUGUGAACCGCAAUUUUUUUGCAUUAUUUCUCUACGUUAUCUGUGCUUAUAGAGGAAAACCGUACUAAGAAACUUUCAAAAGAAAACAGAAGAGUAUUUCAAUGGAGAACUUCCCAGAAAUCGAAUCCCUUCUGGCCAACAACGUCUUCAAAAUGGCACCGCAGAACGGACGUGAUGAAAGUGAACAGGUUAUCGAGUUUGACUUGGAUCAACUGACAGAUGAAGGUGGGCUGGUCAAUUUUAUUCUAGGUAGUGACCUUGAGUCUGACACCCAGACUGAGCCUUCAAGGCAAUCUGACGAUAUAGUGAACUAUACAACUUUGAAGGCAGUGCCACCCAUGACCCUGGGAUCUGUGGUAGACACCCCAUAUACUGACCUCGAUAAUCCAACCUUUGUAACACAGAUGUUCACCAGUGAGGUCACCAUUCCAAGUACUGUGCAGAGCAUUGAAGAAGUGAGCAUUCCAAGUACAGUGGAGUCCAUGCCCGUCACUGCAGCUGAUGACUUCAACUUCGAGCAUAUGGUGGCAGUGGCACCUUCAGACAUCUUCUGCGAGGAAGCUCCCAAGAAGAGAGGACGUAAACGCAAGUCACAAGAUGAGGCCAGACCUUCCCGCAGGCGACGCCCCAAGAAGCCAAAAGUUUACGAAAUUGAAACCCCAUUUGAAAAUGAAGAGUUGGAGAGGAAACGCAAGAACGCCCAGAAUGCCAAGAGACAUCGUGACUUGCAAAAGCAGAGACUACUGGAUAUGCAGAAGGCGCUGGAUACUGUUACUGCAGAGAAAAAUGGCCUGCAGGAGGAGGUUCGACAACUACGGCAGGAGCAGGCGAGGUUGAUGCAGCAAAUACAAAUCUACCAGCAGCAGAAUGGAGGCACCGUUUAUAUCCUGUCCUGAACAUCUAACGUCGAAACCACCUGAUGACCAACCUGGAGCAGAAUCAAAAGAAAAAUGGAACUGAACCCAAAGACAAACCAGUUACAGCAUCCUGUCAAGCAGGGUGCUCUUACCCGCUUGAAACAACACCACUCUACCUGUACACUGCAUGUCAGCUCUCCUGCAUGAGAACAUAUGAGCUCUCGUGUGUGAGAGCAUGUGAGCUCUCCUGCAUGAGAACAUGUGAACUCUUCUGCAUGAGAACGUAUGUGCUUGUGCAUCACUACAACAUGUUACACAUUACAACUUACUCUACACUUACAUGCAUUUUUUUUGUUUUAAUUGCUCUUAACUGUGAUAUAUGCAAGUUUUUAACUACCUCACCUAACUUAUUGUGAUUGCUAAAGAUUGCUCAACUAUAAUUACCUCAAAUGUGAUAUUUAUAUAAGAACGGGGUAACUUUUGCAUUUGAUAUUUCGAGUACUGAAAAGACAUCAAAUUUCAGUGCUAUAAUUCACACUAAUAACUAAUCACAUGAUUUUUUUUUUAAUUUCAGGUUCAGUUCAUCGUGGUGGACUGCUACUGGUGCUGUGUUAGAAACCUAGAGAGUUCCAGGGGGGUCAGCGCCCCCGUGACCCGGUCUGUUGCCAUGAUGUGACCACCACCACAGUCCAACAUCCCAGGAACAACGACCACAUUACUGUUUUAGCUAUGCUGUGGCGUAAGUGGUAUACACUGUAAAGUCUGAAUAUUUAUCUAAGCUUUAUGCUAAGUUGGCGGAUUUAUAAACUUUUAUGAUAGGGUUAAUUUAUAAACUAGUUGUAUGCUAGGUUUGAUAAUUUAUAAACUAGUUGUAUGCUAGGUUUGAUAAUUUAUAAACUAGUAUGCUAGGUUUGAUAAUUUAUAAACUAGUUGUAUGCUAUGUUUGAUAAUUUAUAAACUAGUUGUAUGCUACGUUUGAUAAUUUAUAAACUAGUUGUAUGCUACGUUUGAUAAUUUAUAAACUAGUUGUAUGCUACAUUUGAUAAUUUAUAAACUAGUUGUAUGCUAUGUUUGAUAAUUUAUAAACUAGUAUGGAAGAUUUGAAUUUAUACAGUUUAACACUUGUAAUGAAUGUUGAAUUUAUAAAUUAGUAUGCAGGGUUUGAAUUUAUACAGUUUAGCACUUAGUUUUCACUGUUGAAUUUAUUGACUAGUUUUAUGCUAGAUAUAUGUGCCAAUUUAUGUAUUAUAAUUUAACUAUUGUAAUUAUCGUGAGUAUUUUGCUACAAGAACAAAUUUUACAAAAAUAUAAGAAUGGUUUGUGACUCGUUUAUGUUCUGUAGAUUUUGUAAUGUUAAUAAGGUAAUCUAUUUUUAAUUGACUAAUUAAAAGCACACAACAUUGCUAUAUAGAUUUGGCAUAAUUUGUUCAUGUAGAAAAUAUAUAUCUAUUAUUACAUGUUCAUAAUUCAGCAGGUUUAUUGCAUAACAAAAAUUGCUAAUUUACCAGGUAUUUUGUGCAACAGUACAUUAAUAAUUUAGCAGAUUAUUGCCCAACAUGAUUAUAAUAGUGAUUUAAAAAGGAAUGAGUAUAACACUAGGACAUAUUUGAAAACAUUUUUAGUCCUGAGACCUUGAUCAUUUCUGAGAAGUAAUCAAGGUUCCAGGGCUGAAAAGUUCAUGAAUAUCCCAUUGUUUGCUCACAUAUAUUUAAACUCCUUUGUAUCUAAUACCAAGGUUUACACUGGAAUUUUAUAAUUAAGCUGAUAUAGUUCUCUUAACAAAUUUUCUUACUCAAAAUUAAUGUUCUGAUUGCAGUUAUGAUUUUUUAAAGCUAUUUAAAAACUUUUAUUUAAACUAACAAUAUAUAAGGCUGUGAUGUAAUUUAUAGUAUCUAGUCUUUUGUCUAAAUAGUCUUGUCUGACGAUUUGACUGACUACUUAGUUCAGUUUGAUUACUAAUAGUACAAAUUGAUCCUAGUCAUUGUAAGAGUAUAUUGUGUAUAGUCCUUUGUCUGUGGAUCUGACUUAAUUACCUAGUGCAAAUUAAAGUACAAAUUUACACUUAUAUAUCACAAUAGUUAUAAGUCUUUAUGGUUGGUCCAUCUCUAUGUGCAUUCACAAAUGAUAACUCACUUGUAUAUGGUAACUGUAAUAACAUUUUAUGUAGCUUAAAGGGAUAGGGGAGAUUGUGUAUAUCAGUGGUGUGUAAUACAAACAAGAUUAUCAAUUACACAUGUACAGUAUUUGAGUAUCUGAUUCUGUGGACGUUUCGUCAACCAGUGGCUUUAUUGAUACAAUAUAGGAAACUGGAGAGGUAGAAGACGAGAUAAUCAGUCCAUCAGCCUAGAAGCAGAACACAAGUCUUGACAGUCGUCAAGACUGUGUACUGAACAUUGCUCCUUGUACUGAUUUGUGUACUGAACAUUACUCCUUGUACUGAUUUGUGUACAGAACAUUACUCCUUGUACUGAUUUGUGUACAGAACAUUGCUCCUUGUACUGAUUAUCUCAUUUUCUACCUCUCCAGUCUUCUGUAUUGCAUUGGUCAAGCCACUGGCUGACGAAACGUCUACAGAAUAGACACCCAGAUGUUGCACGUCUUAAUUCAUUAUAGGGGAGAUUGCCAUGGUGCAAGUGAAGGACUCCUCUAAGGAAUUUGAGUUAUCCUAGACUUCCUUGGAUUGAAUCUGAUUACAUCCUAUUUCCCAGGCACUGCAUUGACUCCUACGAUUUUAGUGCUCCCUCUUGAGUUUAUGUAAAUAUUACUCAUUGGAAAGAGCUAAAACUUGAGGAGUCUGCAAUGCUUCAAGAAUGGGAGGUAAUUAGGUUUGAUCCUGGGAAGGAGAGAGUGCUGAAAUUACUCUUGAUCAAGAGCCUGUCACCAGCAUCAAGGUAACCUGUCCCUCUUAGAAGGGGAGAGGGUUCUUUCUACAGCUUUACUAUUGCACUAUUUAAUUAUUUUUGGUAUGUAUGUACUUGUUUUGCUUGACAUUUACUUGUUUUAACUAUUUUAUAAGGCGCUGUAUAAUCCUCCGGGUUUAGCGCUUCCCCCUUGAUUAUAAUAAUAAUAAUUUAACUAUUUUAUAA